CGCUUGUAUAUACUGGGAAUUUUGAAGGCAAGAAAACCUAACUAUUUAGGAGGGAAAUACGGCGUUCUUCAUUGUGUAACGUUGUUUUUCGUUGUAUAUGUGUUCACAGCUAAAUUCGGCAUUUCUCCUCACAGUGUUAUGUUAUAUGACUGACAAAAUAAACAAAACAAAAAGAUUUUUCGUUUUCGAAGCCGUUAUAGAACCGAUAAACGUGUGUUGCCUAGCAACCACGUUGUUUGGCUAACGGUAAUUACGCUCCUCGGACUAGCUAGUUAGCUAGAAGUUAGCUAUGAGCUAACCAGACGCCAUUAACGGCAUGAUAUGUGGCGUGUUAUUUGUGUUUGGACUUUUCUUCACUGGUGUUUGCCAUAGAAGACUUUAAUACAUACACCAAAGGCCAUGUUUACAGAGCUGAGUCUUUAAAAUAACUCAGUUAUGUCAGGUUCACAAAAGGAAAUCCGACCGAAGCUUUCAAAAUAAAACCCUCUUCAAUGCGAUUAAGUUGUGAUGUUUUACGCAAAGUCUCCCCACUUCCGGUUGUUCACUGGCUAUCUGACCGACUUGACGCCCCUCUUCAAAAGCCUUUUUUCCACUCUAAUGUGUACGCGCACGCACGCUUUCAUUCUAGCUCGCGGAAACACACACACACACACACACACACACACACACACACACACACACACACACACACACACACACUCACUCACUCACUCACUUACUCACUCCUUUCUCUUUUCAAAAGCCCCUUGUGAAGCAGAUUGACAGGCUAGAAUGAAAAUGAGGCGGACGCUCGGUCACGACUUCAGUGCGUACGCGUCCUUUUGAGAAGACCUCUAAACUUGGAUCAUAUCACCAUGGGAGCUGUUUGGGCUGCAAGGGACUUUUGUUUGUUUUUGCUCUUGUUAAACAGUCGCCAAAACACAGCGCUUCCAGAGAUUCGAGGUGGGACUGUACUGAGUGUGUGUGCAUGUGUGUGUGUGUGUGUGUGUUGUGUUUUCCAGUCGUGGAGAGUGCUACUUUUACGCACGCUUUCAGGAGUGCGCUCUUGUCGUUUCCCGAGUGCAGAUCCAUGUGCAGAGGGAAGUGAUGGCUGUCACAUUGAUGCUAUUUGUCAGACUACCCAAGGCUCAUACAAGUGCACGUGUAAAGCAGGCUUUAAAGGAGAUGGAAAACACUGUGAAGACAUUGAUGAAUGCGACUUGGAGUAUAAUGGUGGCUGUGUACAUGAGUGCAACAAUAUACCAGGCAACUACCGCUGCACUUGUUAUGAUGGAUUCAAUUUGGCACAUGAUGGACACAACUGUCUAGAUGUGGAUGAAUGCAAGUUCAACAAUGGUGGGUGCCAACACACUUGUGUCAAUACCAUGGGCAGCUACGAGUGCCGCUGCAAAGAGGGCUUCUUCCUCAGUGACAACCAGCACACAUGCAUCCACCGCUCUGUGGAGGGCCUCAACUGUAUGAAUAAGGAGCACGGCUGCGCCCACAUCUGCAAAGAGACACCCAAAGGGGGUGUGGCCUGUGAGUGUCGUCCAGGGUUCGAGCUGGCCAGGAACCAGAGAGGCUGCAUCUUAACUUGUAACCACGGCAACGGAGGCUGCCAGCACACCUGUGAGGACACAGAGAACGGCCCCAUAUGCAGGUGUCACGUCAGGUACAUGCUGCAACCUGACAAGCGGUCGUGUGUAGUUUUGUGUGUCACAGAACGAGAUGAAGCCACCACCGAGUCGUCAGACCACAAUGCCACAUCCUUCACAGAGGUGGACAAACGAGUGAAACGAAGACUGUUAAUGGAAACCUGUGCGGUGAACAAUGGGGGGUGCGACUGCACCUGUAAGGACACAUCCACAGGUGUGCGCUGCAGCUGCCCUAUUGGCUUCACGCUGCAGCCAGAUGGAAAAACAUGCAAAGAUAUUGACGAGUGUGAGCAUCACAACGGCGGCUGCGAGCACUUCUGCAGGAACACCAUUGGCAGCUUUGAGUGUAACUGCAGAAAAGGCUUCAAGCUGCUGACAGAUGAACGCUCUUGUCAAGAUAUAGAUGAGUGUUUUUUUGAGCGGACAUGUGAUCACACAUGUGUGAACUCCCCUGGUGGUUUUCAGUGUCUGUGCAACAAAGGCUACACCAUGUAUGGACUGGCCCACUGUGGAGAUAUAAAUGAAUGCAGUGUGAACAAUGGCGGUUGUGAGCAUGGUUGUGAGAACACCAUGGGUGGAUUUGAGUGCUUUUGCCAUCCAGGCUAUAAGCUUCACUGGAACAAAAAGGACUGUACUGAGGCUGAGGGUUUGCCAGCUGCAACCCCCCCCUCUAAACCUACCCUGAACUGUAGUAAGCAGGAGGGUGGGGACCGCUGCUUCCUGACCUGCCAGUCCCAAGUUCAUAUCAGCAGUGGGACGGAGGAUUCCUACACGGUGACCUGUGGAAUGCCUCUGCCCUGCCUGGCUGACGCACAAAAGAACAGCAGUGGCUCACAUUGCUUAGGUCCAGAAAUUGCCAGUGUCCCGCGCAUUAAGACCACAGCCACGUUUAAGUCUGGCACCGCAAAAUGCAACUUAAAGCGAAGUCAGGAGAAACUGAAGGAGAGCUUAAACUCAGCAAACUCAGAUAGCAGGUUCCUCUUCACUGAAAACGUCCAGUUCAGCUACGUUAGCCUGCGCUGCACCUCGUCCGGACAGCGGACACGCAGCCGCCACGGCAGGAAGGCCAGCGAGGAGGACGGCUCCUCGAUAACAGCUGAGUUUGUGCUGGAUGUGAACCUAGAGGAGGUAACAGAGAGCUGUGACCUGAACUGUGUGCGCCGACGUUCGGAGAAAAGGCUCAGGAAGACCAUCAGGACCUUGAGGAAGUCCAUCAACCGGGAACAGUUCCACCUCCACUUUGCCGGGUCUGACUACGAGCUCGGCAAGAGUCUGGGCCAGCCAGCAGAGCUUCCAGGACACUGUGUGGCAGGACAGGUGCUGAUGGGCAGGAAAUGUGUGAGUUGCAGUGUUGGGUCUUACUAUGAUGCAGAUCAGGGACGGUGUGUGUUGUGUCCAGCUGGAACAUAUCAGGAUGAGGAGGGACAGACAUCUUGUGAGGUCUGUCCUGCACCUGAAGGAAGGGACGUGUCCAAGGUGGUCGGAGCUCGAAACAUGUCAGAGUGUGGAGGUCAGUGUUCCCCCGGUCAGUACUCACAUGACGGCUUCAUCCCCUGCCUGCCCUGUCCACUGGGAAUGUACCAGCCAGAAGUGGGACGCACCUCCUGCUUCCCUUGUGGAGGGAACCUGGUUACUAAGCGCAGUGGUGCUUUUACCUUCCAGGAGUGUGAAACCAAAGUCCAGUGCUCUCCAGGACAUUACUACAACACCAGCACACACCGCUGCAUCCGCUGUCCCACGGGCAUGUAUCAAGGAGAGAUUGGGCAGAAUUACUGCAUCUCGUGUCCUGGAAACACCACCACCGACUUCGAUGGCUCAACUCACAUCAUGCAAUGCAAAAACCGUCAGUGUGGAGGAGAACUGGGAGAUUUUACUGGUUACAUUGAGUCUCCCAACUACCCAGGAAACUACCCAGCCAAUGUGGAGUGCACCUGGACCAUCAACCCACCACCCAAACGCAGGAUUCUUAUUGUUGUCCCAGAAAUUUUUCUGCCCAUUGAGGAUGAGUGCGGAGACUACUUAGUAAUGAGAAAAAGCUCUCUCUCCAAUUCUGUGACGACCUACGAGACGUGUCAGACAUACGAACGUCCCAUCGCUUUCACCUCCCGCUCCAAAAGGCUUUGGAUACAGUUCAGGUCCAAUGAGGGAAACAGUGGGAAAGGCUUCCAGGUCCCAUAUGUGACAUAUGAUGAGGACUACCAGGAACUGAUAGAAGACAUAGUCAGAGAUGGAAGAUUAUAUGCUUCAGAGAAUCACCAGGAAAUCCUCAAGGACAAGAAGCUCAUGAAGGCAUUGUUCGAUGUGCUGGCUCACCCACAGAACUUCUUUAACUACACAGCACAAGAAUCAAGAGAGAUGUUCCCCAAGUCCUUCAUCCGCUUCCUGCGCUCCAAAGUCCUGAGAUUCCUUCGCCCUUAGGAUGGUCCAGUUUACAGCGGAUCAUUCAUGAAAACCUACAUUAGAUCUGGCUGUAGUAUCUGUUUUAUCCACUGACCCCUUUGAGAAUAUCCUGUAGUUUUCUAUUUUCACCUGCAGCGAUACUAGAGAGGACUACAGCUGAUAACACUGACCCUGAAGAGAAAGAUGGGAAAAUGAUCGGCAUUGAUCCUCACAGCCAUUCUCAGACAGGGAUCUGGACCUCUUCACUUUGUUUGGACAUUUGGAAACAUGUUUUAUUUAGCCACAGAUGCGUGUAAUGACUUUAUACCCUCUGUAGAUUUUAAAGUCACCAUCUUAGUAUUCAAAUCCAAAAUGCAAGUCUGUCUGUGUAUUUGAGUAUCUCUAAAUACCACAUCAAGACAUUUGCUCAUAGCAUCAAAUAUGGUAGCUAAACAGAUAUAUACUGAUCGUCAGUGAUACUGUAUAUAGAGUGUGUAUCUAGUUUUAACAUAGGCUACUUUCACAGGUAGAGGUUAAUUGACAGCAUUACUGCUAAAUGUCAGAAGCAAAUAUAGCACAAAUGUUUUCAAACAUUAGCACUACUAACUAAAGUAGUGGCACCACAAGAGCAAUUAUUCUGCAGAAUGUUUUGUAUAUGAUGUAAAAAGUUUUAGGUGAAAUGCUUAAGUAUUGUAGCAGCAACGUAUGCUUUUGGCAGUGCAGCAUUGCUGCAAUAGCUGAUGGAUCAUGUAUUUGAUGUGUGAUCGUGCGCUACUGUUCUGAAAAACCUUGUCAUUUUCCCAAAAAGUUACUCCAACAAAAAAUUAUACCAGUAUGAAUGGAUACAGUGUGUAACCAAAGAAAACUGUUGACUCUGCAGAGACUCUGAGAAUUGGAAGACUGAAGUCAGAAAAUAAAUGAAAAGUCAUGUAAAAUGGAACUGAGCUAUUCACCUGUCUUAGAUGACACAUGUAUGUAUAUUUUCAUGGUUUUGUACAUCUAAUAUGCUGUAAAUAAAGAUAGGAAACUUA